UUGAAGUAUUUUCGCUGUCAGGCUAAAGUAGCUAACCCAAUCUGUCUCGUAAGACAAAAAAAAUCCACUCACUUCUCAAUUGAGACGUCAUCGGUUAUCCUUCAGAAGUUCAGAAUUAUCGCAAAGCAAAGAAAGAAAAACUCGCGAGUGUUGUGGGCAGCGUGUUUGAAAACAGAAAAACGAAGAACAGAGAGUGAUUAGUCGCAUAGCACAGUGAUGAGUGUUCAGCUAUCAAGCUUAUGGGUCCCCAAUUCUCCACCAAUACCUCAACACUUCGUUCCCAACCGUGGCAGAUUCUCCGCAUCAGCUCUCUCAUCCCAAUCCCCCACUAUUCAGAUAAUUGGCGUGGGAGGCCCCAGUUGGAGGGAAAAUGGAUAUGGAAACCCCAACAACAACAACUUGUUUGAUGGGUGCCAAGGAGAGAGUGAUCAUUGGAGUGAGCUUGACACUGAUCUUUAUCACUGGACAAAGGCAUUGCGCCCUGUGCAGUGGUUUCCUGGUCAUAUAGCAAAAGCAGAAAAAGAACUGAAGGAGCAGCUCAAGUUGAUGGAUGUUGUGAUAGAGGUGCGGGAUGGACGAAUUCCGAUGUCCACAAGUCAUCCACAGAUGGAUCUAUGGCUUGGAAAUAGAAAGAGAAUUUUAGUUUUAAAUAGAGAAGACAUGAUAUCAACUGCAGACCGCAAUGCUUGGGCAGAUUAUUUUACUAGGAAUGGCACAAAGGUUGUCUUCUCCAAUGGGCAGCUUGGAAUGGGAACGAUGAAGCUUGGCCGGUUAGCAAAGGAAUUAGCAGCUGAUGUAAAUGUUAAGCGUAGAUCCAAAGGGCUACUUCCUCGUGCGGUUCGAGCUGGAAUAGUUGGAUACCCUAAUGUUGGAAAGUCAUCUUUGAUCAACCGUUUGUUAAAGCGAAGAAUGUGCCCAGCAGCUCCUAGGCCAGGAGUCACAAGAGAAUUGAGGUGGGUUCGUUUUGGGAAAGAUCUUGAACUGCUGGACUCUCCUGGGAUACUCCCAAUGCGGAUCAGUGAUCAGUCCGCUGCUAUAAAACUUGCCAUAUGUGAUGACAUUGGAGAGAGGUCCUACGAUGUGGCCGAUGUUGCUGCAAUUCUUGUGCAGAUGCUUUCGAAGCUUCCCACAGUAGGCAGAGAUGCUCUUUGUAAAAGAUACAAGAUUGAUGUAGAUUGUCGAGAUGGUAGAAUAUUCAUAGAGAAGCUUGCCGUUCGAGUAUUUAAUGGAGAUGUUCAUCAAGCAGCAUUCCGCGUCCUAGCAGAUUUUAGAAAAGGUAAGUUUGGUUGGACUGCACUGGAGAGGCCUCCUAAGUGAAGGCAGAUGUUUGCUUUUAAAAGCAGAACUCUGAAGCUUGAAUUGAAAAUUACGCUAGAGACGUCCUGGAACUGACUGUAGAAGACAACUCCACAUGGUGUUGGAUGAAUAUGGAUAUUGUGAUUAUGAAUGACAUUAUGGAAGGGAAAGGUGAAUGCUCCCUCAAGACAAUCUUUGGAUCCUCGGGGCACACGAAACAAAGGAUUUGAAGCCAUGGAUGCUUCUUGUUAUUACCUUGUAAUUUGGUCUCUUUUGCAUCUGUCUGACUGUCUGUAUAGAACCAUUAUGCCAUGGGAUGGGAGUUCGUAGUCAUGAUGCACAUAUGUUGUAGUAUAUACUUAAUUGUUGUAGUGAGAUGUUUCUUAAAAUUAGGGCAGAUGCUUGUUGCACUUUUGGGAUGGUCUUCAGCUCAUAUCGUUUAACCAGAUAAACAUGACUAUGCCAAAGCAAUAAGACAGUAAGACGAUUCAAUAGUUACAUAUACUACCUGAUCUUACCCCCAA